GGACGGAAGCCAGAAUCGCCUGAACCCCUGGCGCAAAGAUGGCAUCCUCCGCUUCUGCUGGGACUCCGGCGGGGAAGCGGGUGGUGAAUCAGGAAGAACUGAGGCGGUUGAUGAGGGAGAAGCAGCGCCUGAGCACCAACCGGAAGAGGAUAGAAUCCCCGUUCGCCAAGUACAACCGUCUGGGGCAGCUGAGCUGCGCACUUUGUAACACUCCGGUCAAGAGCGAGCUCCUGUGGCAGACCCAUGUUCUGGGAAAGCAGCACCGGGAAAGAGUAGCCGAGCUGAAAGGCACCAAGGGAGCAACCCAGGGCCCUUCGGCCGGCGCAGCGCCUCAGCCCAUCAAGAGGAGAGCCACGGAUGUGGAGAACCAAGACGCCAAGAAAGCCAAGGCCUCCGUGGGACCUCAGGUACAGCCCUCCACCUCGUCUGCCAACUUUGAGAAAUCGGGAAAGGAGGCAGCUAAGGCAACCUCCAGUAAACCUGGACUCGGUUUACUCCCUGAUUAUGAAGAUGAGGAAGAGGAGGAGGAAGAAGAGGGAGGUGGAGACGGGAGAAGGGACAGCAGCAAGCAUCUUCCAGAUGCACAGGGCAAAGACAACGAACACUCGCUUGCCUCUUCGAGAGAGACCACUAGCAAUGUGCUGCCAAAUGAUCCCUUUAAUACAAAUCCUCCCAAGGCCCCCUUAGUUCCUCAUUCAGGGUCAAUUGAGAAAGCAGAAAUACACGAAAAAGUGGUGGAAAGGAGGGAGAACACCGCCGAAGCAUUACCAGAAGGGUUCUUCGACGACCCUGAGGUAGACGCAAAGGUCCGGAAGGUUGACGCCCCAAAAGAUCAGAUGGACAAAGAGUGGGACGAGUUUCAAAAGGCCAUGAGGCAAGUCAACACUAUUUCCGAAGCUAUAGUUGCUGAAGAGGAUGAGGAGGGACGAUUGGACCGGCAGAUUGGAGAGAUUGAUGAGCAGAUAGAGUGUUACCGUCGGGUGGAAAAGCUGCGGAAUCGCCAGGAUGAAAUAAAAAACAAACUUAAAGAGGUUCUGACCAUAAAAGAAUUACAGAAAAAGGAAGAAGAGAAUGUGGACAGUGAUGAUGAGGGAGAAUUGCAGGAUUUACUGUCGCAGGAUUGGCGGGGGAAAGGGGCUUUGCUGUAAGGUUUUGAAGAUCCAAGCUUUCAAUCAGUCUCUGCUGCCCCGUAAAAAGUGUUGUGUCCUUGGGUACCCUGAGUUGUUGAGAUAAAAUAAGCCACUGAGAAGUAAUACUUCGGGGAAGGUACUUCGGUGCUAUUUAUUAGAAAAUGUUUGAGGUAAAACUGUUUUUGAUAUUUUUGAAAUUAUAACCGCAAAUUUGCCAACUUUUUCGUGUUUACAGUUGAUUUUCAGUUGUAAAAUCUUAAAUUGUAAAUAUUUUACAUAGCUAAAUAUAUAUUUAGAUAAGUCACUCUUUUGAAACUUAUAAAUCCAGAAGCCUGACCAAAAAGACAAGUUUAUAUGACUUCGAUGUACAUGUAUAUUUUCACGCCUUAAACUCCAGGGAUUGGGGCUUUUGGGAGGUUGUUUUUAAAAGGCUAUUCAUAAACACAUAUAUUUUUUUGUAAAGCAGUGAAUGAGUACUCUGUUUCAAAAACAUACUUCAUGAGAUGAAAUCACUGAGACAAACAUGACACAAAUGCCCAACCUCCUUAAGCCAACACUUCUUUUAACAAGACCAAUGGUUGUCAAGUGUAGGUCAGUAUCACCUGUGAAACUUUUGAUUGUGCCUGAACUGUCAAAUCACCUAUGAAUGAAGCUGUCGUGCUGAAUCCUAGCCUUAGAUUCCAUAAAUCUAAAUGGGGUCCACAUGACAGUAUUCCUGAAUGUUCCCAGGUUAUUCUAAUAUAUGCUCAAGUUGCAGAGCCCUAAGUCCAAACCUAUUCAUAUAUUUUUUUCAGGAUUUAUUUUUCUCUAAAGUUCUAUAAAUAUACUGUACUCCCUGCCCAGCAGUGGUGCUAGGCACUCUAUUCAGGACUGUGGGAAUGCGAGGUACAGCUACCACAACUGAGCUAGUUUUUGAGUGAAGGAAAUACUACCUUUUCUUUCUACCCCUACCCCAUUGAGUCUGAAAUUUGACUUUUUUUUUUUUUUUUUUUUUGGUGUGUGUGUGUGUGUGUGUGUGUUAAAUUAGACUUGUGUUUACAGGUCCUUUCAAUUGAAGGAAGAUGUUUACAUUGCUAGGAAAGCAAUGAAAUGACAAUUGCCUUACUAGCUGUUGAUAGUUUAAAGCACUCCUCUCUUUGGAGAAUGAGGUGUUCAAAAAGGAAAAUAAAUAGCAAUGUUUAACA